CUUUGCUUCGACAUGGAUUUGCUUCGAGAGAUCAUUCUUGGAUCCGACUCGCAUGGCAACGAACGCGCCGACGUCAAGGGGCUCUGUGCCGGAUGCGAGGGCCUCCUUCAGUGGGGUCGUCUCGUAUGGCAGGUACGAAUCGGGCAUGAUCCCCGACGACGAAGAGACAAAGGAAGCCGACACACCUCCGACGCGCCAGGACCACCACGAAGUAGGUCUCCACGAAGUUCUCGCGCCGGCGCCGAAGGCUCAAGGAUGCCUCAAGACGCGACGUGGCAAGGCCAUCCUCGCCGUGUCCGUGCUCGGUAUCAUUGGGCUCAUUUUCGGGCUCGUCGUUGCCAGCGGCGGCUCGGACGGCAAGGGCGCAUCGCAAUCUACCUCGGACAAUAUGGUGGUCCCUGCUCCUUCAAGCACACAACCGUGGACAUCAGGACCAACUGUCGCUCCGGUAAUGACAAGCGCAACGCCGCCAACGCCUCGACCGCCCGCACCUGCGGUAGUUCAGCCAUCCGCAUCAACACCCAUCCCUACUGUCACCUCAACACUGACGCCAAAACCAACGCCGGCACCGACGCCAACACCCGUCUUGUAUGGCAAGAUCAACGACGGCACGCCCGGCACGGCCGGCCAAGUCACCAACAUGGCCUCGUUCCCGCCCCUCGGCUGCAAGCUACCCAACUACCUCAGCGAGAACGGCGGCCUCUUUGCCCAGGCGCCCAACGGCACCAAAGUGCCCGUCGCCAUCAAAGGCAUCAACUGGUUUGGCAUGGAGACGGAGCUCCGCAUCCCGUUCGGUCUCUGGGCCAACCCGGACAACGGCACGUCCCUCUUUGAGGUUGUGGCGUUCCUCGCCCGGCACAACUUCAACAGCAUCCGCCUCCCGCUGACCGUCGACGCGCUCGUCAAGAACACGCCACCCAACGCCAACGUCGUCAACGAGUACGAGAGCCCGGGUUUGAACCUCACGAGCUACGUGAGCGCGGUCCAGAGCAUCGUGCGCGCGUGCGGCGCUCUCGGCAUCUCGGUGCUCCUCGACAUCCACUACCUCUCGGUGACCGACAAGGGCGACGCGUGGUUCAGCGACAUCACGCCCGAGAGUGUGACGCUGCAAGCCAUGGACGCGCUCACGACCAACCUCUGCGAAGACGCGUACUGGAACGUCGUUGGCGUCGACCUCAAGAACGAGCCGUGGCAGACCACGUGGGGCGACGACGGACCCAAGGACUUUCGCCGCGGCGCGACGCUUCUCGCGCAGCGCAUGUUGGCCAAGUGUCCCAACUGGCUCGCGUUCGUCGAGGGCAACGCCGAGACGCACUCGAUCACGAUCAACGGCACUCGCUUUGACUACUACGACUGGUGGGGCGGCGGUCUCCAGGCGGCGGGCACCUCCCCGAUCACGACGCUGCCCACCAAGCUCGUGUACGCCCCGCACUACUACAACCCGUCCGUGUACCCGCAAUCGUUUCUGGUCUCGAGCGCGGCGCCGCGCAAGGCGGGCGAGACGGUCUUGCGCAACUACACCGAGUGGGGCGACGCCGAGCUGCGCCAGGUGGUGUCCGCGACCGCCCAAGACAUGUUUGGGUACUUGCGGGCGCAAGGCCACGCGAUCGUCUUUGGCGAGUUUGGCGGCCUCUUCGCCCUCGACGCGCACCCGCACAAGACAUCCCAGCGCGUCGUCAAUCUGUGCAUGCAGAUCAUGAUGGAGCAAGGCUACAGCGGCGGGUACAUGUGGGCGCUCAACCCCGAGAGCGGGUACGGCUUCAACCCCUCCGACACUGCCGGCUACUGGACGGAAGGUCUGCUGCAACCCAAUUGGCGCGACGUCAACAACGUGUACCUCGACGCCCUGCGUGCGCUCGAUCGGCUGCCGCACCUCCGUCGCUUUCCGUGCUUUACGUAAUCGAUAUCUUUUGCAAACAGAAUCUAAAACA